AUGACUUGUCUGGAGUCAGGUGGAGUCAGUGGAAGUCAUUUGGAGUCAAGUGGAGUUAAAGCUUAUAAAUCCAUAACAAUGUCAUCACCACUAGCAAAUUUGGCAUCUGUUAGUCUUACAGCAAAAUCAAAUAAUAAUUCAAUCAUCGGCUUUGUUUCACAAGAUGGCAUCGUUCGAUUUUACGAUACAUCAACAUCUCUUUUAAAAACAGAAUUUACACCGAGUUCACAUUUGAAUACGGCCUGUACCUGUUUAACAUGGGCACCUAAAUCAGGAUUAAAACAAAAUUUUUCAAAAAAGAAACGACGUCGAACACAGUCAAACGCAAAAAGUACCUUGGAAGAAGAAGACGAAACGAAUAAUACUGUCCCAGAUAUUGAUUCAGAAUUAAAACAUUUAGAUCUAGUGGCUAUUGGCACAACGUCUGGAAAUAUUUUAUUAUUCAGUGUUAGCAAAGCCACAAUUCAUUCCGACUUACAUGAUGGUCAUACAUCCAAAACAUUAACUGGACAUAGUACAAAUAUUAAACAAUUCUAUAUUUAUGACAAAUUAAUCGAAGAAAAUGAGCAUCCACUAUUGUUUUCUUCAGCUGAAAAUGAUCGAAAUUUAUGUUGUUGGAAAAUUCAUCCAUCAUCAACAAAUGAAGGGGAAGAGGAUUCAUCGAAUGCUUGUGUAACGUUAACUUUAACGGAAUCAAUAAUAUCAUUUUCUGUUUGUGCAUUAACCGAUGGCAAAGAUACGCUCGAUUAUACACAAUUACAACAAAUAUUAAAACGUGAAGAUCCAUCACUUUUAUCAAUAUCCAUAGAAGAACAAGUUACACUAACAAAAAGUGCAACAAAGUCCACAAAUGCCACUGUGUUAACUCAAACAAUUUCUCAACCAAAUAUGCUUAAUAAGCAACAAACAAUAAAACGUACAGCAACAGAAAUAAUUCAAACAGAAGUACCAUUAUCUGAACGAUUAAAUGCCGCUGAAUUGCAUGGACAAAAUUCACAAAUUCCGACAACUGACAGUCUCGUUACAUUACUUAGUCAAGGUUUACAAAGUGGCGAUAAAGCAAUUCUAGAGGUAUUAGACGUAUACAUACUUUAG